UCAGUUUAGCAAACAACCUCAAUAGUUAUAGAAGCUAAAUUUAGCCUUGACUUAACCAUAAUUGUACAUUUAGUUAUUAAGUUUCCUAUGUGUAGAUGGGAUAAGGUUUAAUCCUGAAGUAAGUGGAUAAAUAAACUAAGCAAUGAAUAACUAGAUUGGUUAAUGCACAAUUCUGUUUUCUUUUUAGAAUUCAAAGAUCCAAAUAGUCCAGAUAGAGAAAGAUAAUAGUCUCCUUAUUUCUUCAAAUAAACUACUAAAUGUUGCUGCUCACAUGCACAGCUGAAGUAUGCAUAGACUUGCUUGCAUCAGACCUUGGUACAUAGGAGCCUAAAUUGAUUGUGUAUGCAUCAUUCAGGCAGGAAGUGCCCCCAUCCCCCUCCUUUUCUCUUCCUCUCUCUCUCUUCACCCUGGCCAGUUAGAGUCCUUUUUUCUCCAGCCUCUCCCUCUCAUCCCUGCAGCAUUGUCUCAGUUCUUCAGUCUCUGACCUUCCACAGGGACCAUGCAAGCAUUUGUUAGCAGGUCGUAUCUGACCCCUGUCAGGGAUGAAGAAGCAGAAUCUCAGAGAAAAGCAAAAUCUCGCCAUGCGAGACAAACUCGCAGGUUAACACAGGGUAUGACUCCGACUGACCUGAAAGAGGCUCAGAAGAUCAGCAGCCUGGAAGAUGGAAAAAAUGAGGAUAGCAGCAGACUGGAGGACAGGUCCUGUCUGCGGAUGAGCUUAACAGAUGAUAGAAGAGUUCAGCCUGGCGUUACAGAGUACACAGAAACAACUGAUGUCAGUCUAAACUGGAGCCAAAUGGACGAGGAGGGUAACUUUGAAACCAGAUUAGAAAUCCUGCCUGACCUUCCGCACCGACCUUACUGCAACAGCUCCUUCAGAGUUGGCGAGAGAUGGUGGAGAGAUGAAAAUCAGAACAUUGCAGAUUCAGCACAGCUGACUCAACAAAGACGGCCCUGCUUUGACACUGAAGGCUCAGACUACAUUGCAAAGGUAGGUGGAAAACAUCUAGCCACUUUAAUUGUGAUACUGCGUGUUGACCUACCAGGACACAAAUUGCUUCAGCCCCCUCCUGACUCUGGCUUUGUGCUCCACCUCCUCUUAUCCCUCUUCACAUCGGUGGACAAUUUUUAG